UAAAAACUAAAAUGGAAAGGUUAUAUAUGAUCCGGUUAACUGAACAGUACUUUUAAUUUUGGUAUUGGAACCCUAUUCCUCUAUUAAUUUAUUUAAUUUCUAAUAAAAAUGGAACCAAAAAAGAAUUGAAGAAAAAGGAAGAAGUGUCUGACCGAAAAGAGAGCGCCGAAUUUGUUUGAUAUGCAGCUAAGCUGAAGCUACUAAAAUACAUAGCCCCGAAUUUGGAGUUUGGCAGACGAGAAGCACAAUUGCGAAUUCAACACUCAAAGUUCUAAAAAAUUUCAAACUAAUUUGACUCUGGCAAUAAAGAGAUUUCCUUUCUAUUCUUUCUCUCUUUAUCUAAACAAAAUGGCUUCUGUAACCUUCACUGACUGCUCCUCCUCCGCCACACCUCGGCUUCGUCUCUUUAACCGCACCGCCACUUUCCACCGUAAUGGUAGCAUCACCUUUGCCCGCCGUUUAGCGGGCCCCCUCUCAGUUCGGACUAUCUGUUUUGGAACCGUCAGUAUUGGGUCUUCUUCAACUGCUUCAUCGCCAGUCAUUAAUGCGUCAAUGGCUAGCGAGACGGGUGCUAAGGUGAUCGACGGAAAGUUGGUGGCUAUGAAAAUUAGGGAGGAGAUAACUGUUGAAGUGUCAAGGAUGAAGGAUGAAAUUGGUGUUGUUCCUGGUUUGGCUGUCAUUCUUGUUGGGGAUAGGAAGGAUUCUGCUACUUAUGUAAGGAACAAGAAAAAAGCUUGUGACUCUGUUGGGAUUAAUUCCUUUGAGGCGAACCUUCCUGAAGAUUCAACAGAACAAGAAGUGCUCAAGUUUAUUUCAGGUUUUAAUAGUGAUCCUUCAGUUCAUGGCAUCCUUGUGCAGUUGCCUUUACCUUCUCAUAUGAAUGACCAGAACAUCUUGAAUGCGGUUAGUAUUGAGAAAGAUGUCGAUGGUUUUCACCCACUGAAUAUUGGCCGUCUGGCCAUGCGAGGAAGAGAACCUCUUUUUGUUCCAUGUACACCUAAAGGGUGCAUUGAAUUGUUGCAUAGAUAUGGGGUUGAAAUUAAAGGGAAGAGAGCAGUUGUGAUUGGUCGUAGCAACAUUGUUGGGAUGCCAGCUGCUUUGAUGCUUCAAAGGGAAGAUGCUACUGUAAGUAUCGUCCAUUCUAGAACAAAGAACCCUGAGGAGAUCACCAGACAAGCAGAUAUCAUAAUAUCUGCUGUAGGACAACCAAAUAUGGUGAGGGGAAAUUGGAUUAAACCUGGUGCUGUUGUAAUUGAUGUUGGAAUUAAUCCUGUGGAGGAUGCAAAAAGCCCUCGAGGUUACAGGUUGGUUGGAGAUGUUUGCUAUGAGGAGGCCUGCAAAGUUGCUUCAGCUGUCACUCCAGUUCCUGGUGGAGUUGGUCCAAUGACCAUAGCAAUGCUUCUUUCUAAUACACUCACCUCAGCAAAGAGGGUGCACAACUUCCAGUAACUAGUCAAAUUCUUAAAGUACUGUUGCCAUCAGGGAAGAUAGGACUUCCUACCUAUAUUAUAAUAGUUGCUUGAGCUUCCAUCUUUUUAAUAGGGAGUCUCCCUCCAUGGGCUGCCCUUUUAAAUGAAAGGUUAAUCUUAGGGGACAGUUUUUAGGCAAGAAAUUGUACACAGUGAGUGGUGGCAGUCUGUGUUACUACUGCUAAAUGUAUUUGAAGUUUGUAGGUUCAAGUAAUUGAUUUGGGCACAUCAAAAAUCUCAUUUCAAGCCAUAAUCAAGAGCAGACAGGAUCUUUUUAUUUUUCAA